AUGUUACUCUUCAUGAGAAGACAGGCUGUUCUGGUGACCUUGCUUGCCUUUUGGAUACCAUUCGCCAAUGCCCACACCGAAUCUGCGGAGAGCUGGAUCACUGACAUCUGGGAUCGCUUCAAAGAAGCGGUCGACUGUACCAGCUGCCAGCUUCUCCUGGGUGGGCUCAAACUCGUGGCGGGCUUUGGUGACGACUUUAUGGUAGAUGUCUUGACCGGAGUGUGUGCUCUAAGCGGUGCCGAGGACCCUGACGUCUGCGCUGGAGUUAUUGCUAGCGAAGGACCUUCGGUUCAUUACUCCCUGAUGAAUCUCGAAAUAGGCUCUCAUACUGCCAACACAUUCUGUGCCAGCCUAGUGGGCUUAUGCAGCUAUCCAAAAGUUCGGGAGUACGAUUUGGCAUUUCCUGCUCCCAAACCGUCAAUCAGUCGACCUCCACCAAGUGGGAAACCCCCAAUCAAAGUAGUGCAUUUCAGCGAUACGCAUGUUGACCUUGCCUACGAAACUGGCUCCAACUACGCCUGUUCCAAGCCUAUAUGCUGCAGAACCUACAAUGAAGAUGAUGCGCCAGGCAACACCUCUUCUCCCUGUGGGCCUUGGGGAAAUUCUCGCUGCGAUCCUCCACACCGGCUUCAAGAAAGCAUGAACGCCGCAAUCGCGAAUCUAACCCCUGCCUUCUCAAUCUAUACAGGAGAUGUAGUAGCCCACGACGUCUGGUUGGUAGAUAAGUCCGAGGUUCUCCAGAACUUCAAUUCCACCUACGGCGCAAUGGAAAACAGUCUCGGUCAAGUCUACGCCGCGCUGGGAAACCAUGAUGCAGCCCCACUCAAUCUCUUCCCAUCAUCUAAAGUCCCCAGCACUUACAAUCCGCAAUGGGCCUACGACGCCCUAACGGCAAAUUGGAUGGCCCUCACAGGCCUACCAUCCAUCGAGUCUGCAGACGAGUACGGAUCAUAUUCAGCCCUCCACCCAAACAGCAACCUACGAAUAAUCUCAUACAACAGCAUCUUUUACUACAAAUAUAAUUUCUUCGCCUACACCGAACCAAUGGAACACGAUCCUAACAACCAGCUAAAAUGGCUCAUCGAUGAGCUCCAAGCUGCAGAGAAAGCCUCCGAGCGCGUCUGGCUCAUCUCCCAUAUCCCAUCUGGUAACUCGGACCACUUCCACGAUCAUUCGCACUACAUUGAUCAGAUCGUUCAACGGUAUGACGCGACCAUUGCCGCCUUAUUCUUCGGUCAUACACAUCUAGACGAGUUCCAGAUUUCAUACUCGGACUAUAACAACCGAAGAUGGGAUACGGCUACAGCUAUGGGCUAUAUCGCUCCGUCAAUGACACCAACCUCCGGCCCGCCUUCUUUCCGCGUCUACAAUAUCGAUCCCGUUACAUUCGGCGUACUUGAUUAUACACAGUAUAUUGCUGAUAUCAGCGACCCCGAGCAGACUUCUCUCGAAUGGGUACCGUAUUACUCCGCAAAAGAGGCUUAUGGAUCCAAGCUUGCGUCACCUGUAACCGAUCCAGGUACAGAACUCUCACCGGCAUUCUGGCAUAACGUCUCCGUGGCUAUGGAAAAUGACCCUCAGAUCUUUGGUGAUUUCUGGGCUAGACGGUCGAGGGGGUAUCAAGUUCCGAAUUGUACUGGAGAUUGUAUUAGUGGUGAAAUUUGCGCUUUGAGGGGAGCUGACGCGCAAUAUAACUGCUAUGUGCAGAAAGUGGGAUUUAGUUUCGAGAAGCGGGAUAGCCAGGAGGGUGUUCGGGAGAGAGUCCUGCCUGAGUGUAAUCAUGCGGGAAUGGCGCCUUUGUUGGCGAAGAUUGCUCGGCGUGCUAGAGCUGUUAGGGAUAUGGAGAAGCGCUGA